ACAGCGAUCUUUAUGAAUAUAGGUACAACAAAAACAUGUGUGGAUGUCCCCGUUAUAAAAUUUAUAUAUAUAUAUAUAUAAUAAAGAAAAAAUAAACUGCAAACCUUACCUUAAAAAAAUAAUAAUGAUAAACAAAAGAUUUUAAUAUCUGUGUAUAUGAGAAAUAUAUGGACAAAAUGCAAGGCCUUAUCUCUUUCAACAGAAAGAAAUUCCAUUACGUUUCUUUGUUGUCGUCUUAUAUCGUACAUCAUAAUCAUCACUUCCAAACCUUCUCAUUUCCUUUGUUUUUCUCUUUCUCUCGCACAUACAACACACAGAUACAAACCAAAAUCAAACAAUGCCAUCAUCAUCAUCACCACCAUCAUCGUCGCUCUCUUCUCAAUCCAACCCCUUCCAAACCAUCCUAGACUCGGCCCGUCCAUUCAUACGUGGAGAGCUCGAAUCCAUUGACAAAAACCUCCCUUCUCUCGUCGCCGUCUUGCGCUCCGUCGGAUCCGGCGAGUGCUGGCACAAACACGGCAGCUUUCUCGAACACCUCGUCGACAUAUACCGCAUUCUCAAGCUAUGGAAAGCUCAGGACUCCGUCUGCCUCUGCGGUCUUUUUCACUCUGCCUAUUCCAAUUCCUAUGUCAAUCUCGCCAUUUUUGAUCCUUCAACCGGCCGCGACGUGGUUCGUAGCCAUGUCGGAGAAGCUGCAGAGCGGUUGAUCCACCUCUUUUGUAUUGUCCCUCGGCAGCCAUUGAUCCACGACGAUCUUCUAUUCCAUUACACGGAUUCGGAGCUCGAAGAACAUCUCAAACAGUCUGAGAUUUCGCUCAGAAACGCAAAAGAGAAAGGUCUGUUCAACGAAGAAGAAGGCUGGAGGAGGAAACUUCAAGCUUUACUUCCUUCCGAUGGGGUAAUUGUGAAGCACAUCAAGACUGGCGAAGAUGUUAGAGUUUCGAGAAGGUUGGUUGCAGUGUUUCUGAUGAUGACAAUGGCGGAUUUCAGCGACCAGCUUUUCGGUUUCCAAGACGAAUUGUUCGAUAACUCGAACGGGAAGCUCGAGUUCAAAGGCAACAACUAUGUGGCUCUUUGGCCUGGAAAUGGAAAGCCAGGGUUAUGGAUGAAUUCGAUCUCUAGGAUGGGAGCUUUAUACUCGUUGAUUAUGAGAGAGGAAGAGAUAUUCAUCGAAAAGAGGAAAAGGGUUGGUGGGGAAGAUCAUGAUGGAAAUCGAGAUGAAGAUUUGGAACUUGUUAUACCCCCGGUGUUCGAGAAUUGCACAAAAGUUUUGGAUGCAAAAGACCAAAUAAUUGCAAGAGAUAUGUAUUGGGAAGCUGUUUGUGAAGAAUCCAACAAAGGGUUGGAGAGAGCAGAGGAGUUGCUAUUAAAGUGUAUAGAGAAAAACCCAUUUGUUGGAGAGCCACAUGUGGUAUUGGGUCAGGUUUAUUUGGCGAAAGGGAGAUAUGAGGAGGCUGAGACAGAAGCUGAAAAUGGGGUGAGAUUAAUAUUGGAAUGGGGUAGUCCAUGGGAUAAGAGGACGUCUUGGGAAGGAUGGAUUGCUUGGGGAAGAGUUUUGUAUAUGAAAGCAAAAGAGAAAUCUUGGCCACAACAUUCAUGGGGAAUUCUCAAUUUGGGACUUGUCAAGUAAGAUUAUUGUAUGGGGUUCUGGUUUGUUUUGACAUAUGGUAUGGGACUCCCGAAUUUAAUAAUCAAAAUCCCUUUCUAGGUUUUUUUUUUUUUUUUUUUCUUUUUCUGGUUGGGGAAAUGAUCACUCAAGUUGUACAGGAAGGUUAUUAAUGAAUAAGGGAUGUCUUUUCAUUUUGUGUA